CAUUCUAUGUACGAGGAAUUUGUCGUGCUGUUCGGCUGGGACCUCAAGUCCUUGUGGCAAACCGCGAACCAGCAACACUGUUGUGCACUAUUUCAGGCAGGCAGAAUUGGAGCAGCCACCGAAUCGUACCAAUCCAUGAUGGAGAAGAGUGAUGAAGCUACGCAUAUCAGCUUAUGUGCUUGGUUCACUGCUCUCAAGCUCCAGUAAGAACG